ACGGAGGCGGGCAGGGUCUGGGCCAGCGGGCGGCGUGUGACCGCCGAGGCUGCUGGCGGCUGGAACAGGUGAGCGGCCACUGGGCGGCCGGUCCCCGCCCUUCCCCGCCGGCGUGCCUCCUCCUACGGACGCUUAGCAGUUCCGCGGCUCCCCUCGGCUUGGGGUUUUGCAACUGGCAGCUGGCUUUUUUCCCCUCCCCUGUUCUCUCUCUCCUUCUUUUAGGUUGCUCCACCCCGCCGAGGAUCAGGCGAGGGGAACCAGCUUGGCCGCGGCCGCCAACUCGCGCCGAGCGCGUCCGUCUGCGAACUCCGGGAGUGGAGUCCCGCGUCCCGCUCCUCCCUGCGGGGCGCGCUGUCCUCGCUCCCCGGGCCCCGCGUCCUUCCCCCGCAACCCUUCCCCACUUUUCCCCCCUUUUGCAAUCACAUGGCAUUUUAAGAAUGCCGGAAAGAUGGCGGUAGCGGCGGCGGCGGCGGCUGGGCCGGCUGGCGGGGGAGGCGGCCGGGCGCAGCGGAGCGGGCUGCUGGAAGUUUUGGUGCGGGAUCGCUGGCACAAAGUUCUGGUGAACUUGAGCGAGGACGCCCUGGUUCUGAGCUGCGAGGAGGGCGCUGCGGCGUACAACGGCAUCGGGACCGCCACCAAUGGCUCAUUCUGCAGGGGCGCUGGGGCCGGGCACCCGGGCGCGGGUGGCGCGCAGCCCCCGGACUCGCCGGCCGGGGUCCGCACCGCCUUCACCGACCUGCCCGAGCAGGUGCCCGAGUCCAUCUCGAAUCAGAAGCGCGGCGUGAAGGUGCUGAAGCAGGAGCUGGGCGGGCUGGGCAUCAGCAUCAAGGGGGGCAAGGAGAACAAGAUGCCCAUCCUCAUCAGCAAGAUCUUCAAGGGGCUGGCGGCCGACCAGACCCAGGCCCUGUACGUGGGCGACGCCAUCCUGUCCGUGAACGGAGCCGACCUGCGGGACGCCACCCACGACGAGGCGGUGCAGGCGCUGAAGCGCGCUGGCAAGGAAGUGCUGCUGGAAGUCAAGUACAUGCGAGAAGCCACUCCCUACGUGAAGAAAGGAUCCCCAGUGUCCGAGAUCGGGUGGGAAACGCCGCCACCUGAAUCCCCUCGGUUAGGGGGAAGCUCAUCCUCAUCGGAACCUCUGUCGUCACAGUCCUUCUCCUUCCACAGAGACCGGAAAAGCAUCCCCCUCAAAAUGUGCUACGUCACUCGGAGUAUGGCCUUGGCUGACCCUGAGAACAGGCAGCUUGAAAUCCACUCUCCAGACGCAAAGCACACGGUUGUCCUAAGGAGCAAGGACUCAGCCACUGCUCAGGCCUGGUUCAGUGCCCUCCAUUCCAACGUCAGUGACCUGCUGACCAGAGUUAUUGCCGAGGUCAGAGAGCAGCUGGGGAAAACAGGCAUUGCUGGGAGCCGAGAGAUCAGACAUCUUGGCUGGCUUGCAGAAAAGGUAAGGAAAAUAUAUCUCUGUAAUAGUCAUUUUCCCCAAGAUUCCCCCUGCACUUGUCGUAAGAGCACUGAAGUUAUGUCAUUCAUAGGCUGAUUCUCUCAUUCUCUGUCUAUAUGAAUUUGUCAUGCACCUGCUGGAGGUUACAUGCCUUUGCAUUGUAGAGGGGCUUUGUCUUAAUCAAAUUUGAGUCGCCCGCACAUUGUCAAAUAUGUGGCAAGUUACAGGUGGUCACUAGUUGUUGUACUGAUGAAUGAAUGAGUUAUUUUAACAUCUGUAUAUAAAGGGCAAAGAAAAUAACUCAAACUCAUGGCAGAGCUGUUGCCUUGGGAGGCAAGAAAGUUGAAAUUGUUGCUUUAACCACUUUGGUACGAGCGUCGACUAUAGUCAAUAGCCACAGAUGAACGCACGCAGCGACGUUAGCCAA